GUGGGCGGGUGUCGUCUCUCGAGCUCAUCGGCGAGACAUGGCCUCCCCCGAGGUCCAGCGUCUUUUUGCCAAGGAUUGCCUGUUGCCUAUUUCUCCCUGCAGCCCGCUGACCUGUUUUUCUGGACCCUGUUCUACUUUACUCCGUGCCGGAGCACCUCCUCUUUCGCAUUUGCAUCUCUUUUUCGUCGACGCGUUUGCCUCGUUUCUCCGUCUUUUUCCUCAAAAACGCUCUUUCACGAGUCUCCGAAAAAGUUGCAAGCGCCGCGUGUGCGUCCAAACCGAAUGCGCGAGGAACGACAUGUCAGCCACAGAUGUGCAUGGCUUUUUUCUCUCGCGCCGGGGCCUCCCUCUGCGAAAACUGCUGGCUUCUUACUUUCGACUUCCUCACAAAUCAACGAAAUGCCGAUGACGACGAAUCUUGUGCUUCACACAGCAGGUGCAUGACGUGUAAACUCUCCAGCGCAGUUCAGCUCCUCCCUCGUCUUUCCUUUCUUCUCCGGCAGAAAUCGACGGAUCUCCACUUGGCGAUUAUUCGCAACUGGGUCAGAACGGUUGUGCGAAGCUACGGACUUCUCGAGAAACGCAUAGCGACUUUUCUCUUAAUCUGACGCUCGACGAUCUGCUCGACGUCGACGUUCGCAGAGACAAAAAAUGGAGAGGAGAUGCGUGGAGGAUACGCUGCAUUUCCUUUUCGCUGCUUCCUGGAGCUUGACAGCAACAACAAGGCGCAUGCGUCUUUCUCUCGACUCUUCCUCUCAGUAGCGCCGAUGCGCUCAUAGCGCCAGGUGUACAGUCGCCUGCGCUUCCAAGUCUUUGCUGCACUGUCCUCUGGGUCUCUCCCUCGAAACAGUUAUGCCAUCUUUCUUUCUGCGGCUUUUCGUCCUCUCGUCGCACAUCUCAGCCAGCGUCUUUUUUCCUCUCCCGUCUCCCCCCACUCAGACCUUUCCCCCCAGCGAAGAUGGAGGUUGACAGGUUCCACUGUUCGUCCAGUCCUCUCCAAGAUGGAGCGCCUCUGUCCUCUCCUCCAGACGCUUCUUCCUCUUCUGCUUCGCCUACCUCCUCUUCCUGCGCGGACGACGCAGUGUCUCUUCGUCAGCUUCACAAACAGCUGGAAAUUGUGCGAGCGUCGAAGCUGGCGGCGCAGCUGCGUGCAGGCCAGACUCUGCGUCGGGGAGCCGAGUGCAUGCAGCAACUGCAGAUUCUUUUCGAUGGGGACAGAGAAGAACUCUCGCGUCUCCGGACUCUCUGCGCGUCUCUCGCUCGAGAGAUCCUAGGCGAGGAGUCCGUUCCAGAUGCAGACGCCCUCGAGGACGACCAGCGAGAAGAAACAGGCGAAGAAAAGACGCACGCGGCGAGACUUCGCGGAGACAGAGCCUCGAGACGGAGAGCGACCGCGGCUGGAGGUGGAGGCCGCUUGCCGUCGGGAGGAGAGGCGAAGGACGGCGGAACGCGGCCGCGGAGUUACAAGGAGCGAGUCGAGAGGCGGAGGGAGGCAGAGGCGACGUUGCAGGAGAGCGUUCGAUCGCUGCAGGAGACGCGAAGGUGCAUGCAGAGUCUCCUCAGACGCCAGCGACUUCUGGACGAAUGCCAAGCGCUUCUUUGCGAAGCAAAAGAUCAAGACAAGUUGCGUCUUUCGAGUUCCACAGAUGAACAGCACCCCCUGGCCGUCCAGGCGCCUCUCCAGUGUCGAGACGCGGCAAGCGCAGGUGACGCCUGGAGACGGCGAAGCGCCGCUUCUUUGUUUCUCGCUGCUGCCGAGAAACUGCGCGACUUCGGGGAUGUCUGGAGAGAGGAACAAGCGCGAGAAGGCGCGCGUCUCGCUGAGCUUCCUUCCCUGUUGCAGCCUACCAAGACGCAUCCGCCGCAGGAGGCCGGAGAGCCUCACGAAGGUCCUCCAGUCGAGGAGCCAGCGUCUCUGUCUGCGGACGAAGCGCAUGCAGUGCUACAGGAGGGGCAGCUGAAGGUUCUGGCGCGUCUCCGGGAGACUCUGAUCUGUUCGCUCGACGCGCGCCUCGCCUUCCUAGUGCACAUCGAGAGGCGGAAUCUCCGUUUGCUUCAGGAAAUCUCGACCGGCGCGACGCACGCAAAGUCGCCCCGCUUGCCCGCGAGCGCCAGCGCCCCACAGAGGACCGAAGGAAAUUCAGAGGGGCAGAAGGAGGCUGCGGCCGUACAAGGGAGCGAGCAGCCUUCGAAAGCCGGAGAGGCGUUUGCGUCGAAGGCCGCCGGCGCCAGGACGGAGACUAAGAGAGAAGGAGACGAAGAAGUCACUGUUUGGCGGCGGAGACGUGGAGCAGAGCUCGCCGGGGGCGAUGUGCACAAGGAGGUCGAAGACAUCUGGAAAGCGUUUGAGGCCUUGGGGAUUCUCGAACAGCGGCUAGGCUCGUUCAGUCGAAAAGUUCAACGGGAGCUGCUGGUGCCUCUCCUACAAGCGACAGCGAGACAUGCGAGAGAAAACGAGGGUGACGCCGCGUACGGUGCCCCUGUCUUCACACUGUUGCUUGACGAAGAGCCAGAUCAAACAAACCUAACUGUUCCUUCUCUCUCUUCUGCGUUUUCUUACGCUCCCGUCGGCGCAUGCGACACGGACGCUGUGGACUGCAAUCGCAUGCAGACAAGCAAAACAGUCUCAGGCGAGACACAACCAGAGGCUUCCACAGACAGAUCCACGAGCCGCGCGCUUUUUCUCACAUGGUCCUGGAGCACCUCGUCCCCUUCUCCUUCUUCUUCUUCGUCUUCUUCUUCUUCGUCUUCUUCCUCUCCUCUAUCUUCUUCUUUGUCUUCCUCUCCUCUAUCUUCUUCUUUGUCUUCUUCCUCUCCUCUGUGUUCUUCUUGCGUAUCGGGUCGCUGUUUGGGCGAGGGCAUCUUAGGCAGGCUUCGAUGUUUCUGCGAGGCUGUCGAGAGCCUCUUGGACCUGCUGGCUUCGCUGGUGUUGGUGCGGCGCGAAUGGCGUUCACUUUUUCUUCGCGUCGCGUUCUCUCGCUCUUUCCUCGAUGUCCUUCUUUCACAGAGCCUCCCCUCUUUCGGUGUCUCCUCCAAAGGAUGCAGCUUCCUUCACUCGACUCGGCAGUCUCCGACGCAUCCAGGGAGCCAAGUCGACCUCACACAUCACCUUCCCUGGACGGCUCCUUCUUCGCUUGCUUCUUCCUCCCGUCAUUUGUCUUCUUCUCCGUCUGCAUCUGCCUCUGCUGCGUCUUCUUCUUUCGCGGCUUCUGUGACUCGUUCGUCGUCUGCGUCGCCUGCGGGUGGAGUCGACGGAACGGCAGCUGCGGCUGCAGGGAGAAGCGACCUUGGUCGAGAGAGUUCCAGCGACGCGCUCGUAGCUGCAUGCGUGACGAAGGUGCUCGGCUGCCUCGAGGAGAUGGACUCUCCAGCUGGACUUACCGCAGCAAAAGGAGACAAUACGAACAGAAACAGAGCGACCAGACACAACGCGGAGUCGUCUCUCGACUCCAUUUCGGUCGAAGAGGCUUGUCUGGCUGCAUCCUUCCUCUUUCGUCUCGAAUAUCUCAUCUCGCUUUUCCACAGGGACAGCCCUGCGUCGUUCGCCUCUGCCUCGUCUUCGCCACACUCGCGCUCGGAUCCCGAUUCUCUUUCUGCUUCACCAUCUUCGUUGAGCAGGCCGGAGGCACAGAAGGAGAGAGGAGAAGGCCGAGCCGAAUACGCCUCCGCAGAUCCUCUGUCACCUCCGAAGCCUUCGUCUUCUUCUCCAUCUGCUGCUGCAUCUUCGGGGACUCUCUCUCUCGCCGCCUCUCUCCGGGAACCUUGGGCGGUAACACAAUUUCGCUCGGCCAUCGCGAGUCGCCUAGAGUGUCUCCUUCUGUCGUUGCGGAGCCGCGAACUGCUGCGUGCGAGAACUGCGUUGCUCCUCUUCUCUUCCGCAGAUGCAAAGGCGGCGCAGCAACUUCUUCGAGAUCUCCUCCCCGAAAACGAAGGAGGAGAGGAGGCCUCUCUCCCGACCUUUGUGCCUGUGUCGGAUGCCUCCGAAGUCUGGGGCCUUCACUCCCUCAUGCCUUGUCUUCAAAACCAUUUCGCUCAAGCCGGUUCUCCGUCUGCUUCGCCGUCUCCUUCUUCGUCUACCUCUUCUCCUUUUUCGUCUUCGUCUUCAGCCGGUGGAGGGGAGUGUGAUGUUGCGGCGCGCGAGCGCUUGUUACGCAAGUAUGAGGACCAGAUUUUCAGUCGCGCUCUGGCUGAGAACUUGUCGGCGGGUCUUCUGCGUCUCGCGCCGUUCCAAGUGACAGCUGGAACUCACUUCGUCAUCUCUCGCGUCCUUCGGACGCUUGGCGCGGCGGCACAAUCUCUCCAAACCGCAGGCGUUCUGAGUGCAGCUCUGCAUGCAGCGAGCAUGCGCGAGCGGCGCGCCUCGGAGAACUCGCAGGGCGCCUUGGGUGGCCUGCCGGGCGCCGGAAGGCCCACCCCACACGGAGACAUCUCUGGCGGCUCUCUCUGGAAUCCUGGAUCAAUACACGAAGGAGCGAAGGGAGAAGGAAGCGGCCGUUCCAGCGGGAACAGUGAAAAAAAAGAACUUGAGAAGGAAAGACCAGAGUGUUUAGAAGCUCGAGCAUGGGAAGACAUAGGACUGAGGGAAGCGACUCGACAGCGACUCGUGGAAAUUCGCGAUUUGUGUUCGCUGUUUCUUGCCGUUCGCUGUGGCGGCGCUGAGAGGGCGAAGGCCGUUUCGGAUCCAGCUGAAUGCGCCGCGCUGUAUGUCGACUGCGAAUAUUUUCACCAACUCCUUCUGCGCCUUCCAUUUGCAUUUGCUGUCUUCGCGUCUUCGCCUUGGGCGCGUUGCUCGUUUUGCGAGGGUGUGAACCGGGAUGAAGAGAAAAAGGAGAAGCCGCAGACUGGCCUCGAGAAGCAGACAGGACAUACACGGGAGGAGGACGUCCUUUCUGACGCGCCUCUCACUUCGCUCAACGAGGUUUUCGCUCUCGACCUUUCUUCUUCCGUUUCGUCCUUCUCGCCCAACAGAGCCGCUCCAGGAUGCACACUCGCCGUCCCUCCAACGAGCUCUGCCUCUUCUCUCUCUUCUUGUGUGGGGACAGAGGUUCCUCCGACUGGUCGACCUAGUAAAGAAGAAGACUCAGCACAGAACGCGAGACUGGCAGGCGACUUGCGCCGCAACGUAUUCGCUGAACCUCGAAGUCUGUCCUGCGUUUUGAUCGAAGCCAUGGGAAGCAUCAAACAGACUCAGGAGACAACAUUCGUCGAAAUGCUCAAGGCCGAACAGGCGGUGUACAGGCAGUGCGCCGCGCGGCUGCUUGCCCCGGCUGAAGGUCUGCUCGUCGAACAGGGAGAAGAAGAAAAGCGGGGAAGCAAGUGGGUGAGAGAGGAGGCGAAGAGAGGAGACCUCGACGCGAUUGUCGCAGGCGGUGAGACAGAGGGGGGUGAGUCCGAAGAAGAGAACGACAACGACGUCAAUUCGUGUGUGGGGUCGCGAAAAACAUCCUUCGAAGAAGCCGAACAAAGGCGGUGGAGACGAGCGGGGGACAACGGCCGGAGGCAGAUUGGAACUGCGACAAACGAGCAUUUCCUCGAAACAAACGAACUGAAUCUCACUCAAGCUGAAGCAUUUGUCAGUGAGGCUACACAGCGCCUGAAGCAAACCGCGAAGCAAUGGCUGCCGUUUCUGCCUCGACAAGUGUACGUCGAGUCGGUCGCGUUGCUUUCUGACGCCUGCUUGAAGGAAUUUUCUCUCGCGCUUUGUGCACUGCUGCUCCCGGCCUCUUCUUCACUCGGGCAGGCUUCGACUACCCGCGUCGCGCCGCCGUCGGCGCCCCAGGAACGGACGCGCUUCGUUGUGGCUCUUAUAUCGUUCAUCCUCGCCGAGGUGAAAACCGUCUUCCUUCUUCAUCUCGACACUCCGCAAAGUACUGCACCGCUCGCGUCUUCUUCUUCUCUUCCUUGUCUCUCCUUUUCCUCUCCGUCCUCUCCCAGUUCGACGUCGUGUGCGUCCUUCGGUUCUGCGGCGGCUGCGCUGCAAGGCCUGGACGCCGCCACGGAGACUCCGCAGACGACGCGCAUCGAGUCGCUGGUGGAGUUCGUGGAGACUUUGGAGGCGAUGAAGGCGAUCUUGACGCCUGAGGACGACGCCUUGCUCCAACAUGUCUGGGCGCUGUACGGGGCCUCCUUGAGAAGGACGCUGCCUCUGGAGAAAGUGGAACGGAUUCUCUUCUCCAGCCUCUGCCUGCUCGCGCUCAGCGACCCAGUCACCGCCAGCGAGGCCAUGCGGCAACAUGCGAGCGACUUCGGCCGAAUGCUUCUGCAGAGCGUUUGAAGGAGGCGCGUCAAAGAAGAAACCGGUUCGCGACAGGAGAUUCAAGCGAAACCUCGCGGCGAGCGGACGCAACAGAGACAAGGAGUACGCAGCAGCGCCUCUCGGCCGGAAGCGAGGAGAGCCAGGGAACGGAAAGGAGGAGGCAAAGCGAAAGACACAAAGAGUGAACGAGGUCAGUUAGGCAAAUGGAGAAGCUGGCGAAAAACGGAGCGGCGAAAAGUAGCUGGACAAGAUCGAGGUGAAACAGGAGUGGAAGAGGAACGGAGACAGGGCGAAGAGGAGAAACGCGGAGGAAGACGAAGAGCAAAAGGACGAGGUUGAAGACGAGAAAACCAGUGACAAGGCAAAGGAACAAGAUAAAAUUGGUGAUGAAAGGAGAAAAAAGGGAGAAAAAGAGGAACACGAACAGGAAGGCGAAGAACCUGCCAGUGACGGAGACAACCAGCAUGCGGAAGUUCACUGCGCGGCGACAGAGUGAACGCUGCUGUCACUGAAAGAGACGAAAUCAACGCGUUUUUUCUUCCAUGUUCCUCUGCCAUUGAGUAUUUAUAGAUUCACGUGCAUCUUGAUAUUUGAGCUCAUAUAUAUAUAUAUAUAUAUAUAUAUAUAUGCAUGCAUAUGCAAGUGAGUGGCGAGACAACUGUGCGGCGAACAAAGUAGGGAUUUUGCGAUUAAGUGCUUUUGAACGCAGCAUCUGUCGAACGUUCUCUGAGGAAAUCCUUAAACCAACGCAGGCUGGACUGCGUCUUCACACAGGAAGACGCCUUUUCGACAGGCGCCACGAGUGACUUCUCUAGAAAACGGAAGCAUAUUUCUACGUUUACCGAGCGAGCAAAGACUUUCGUUUGCGCACAAGGAACUUCACGUUACAACAUAUAUAUAUAUAUAUAUAUAUAUAUAUAUAUAUAUAUAUGUAGGUAUAUGCAUAUGUGAAUGUACUUUCGCGCGCACUCCGCCAUACAUAGGAAUAGCCAGAGUGCUAGGCAGACAGUUGCAUGCAUAGCGAAACGACAUGUAUUCGCAAGUGACGCCAGCGCGUCUGCCUUCGA